AAAAUUUAUUUUUUUUUGGUGGUGUACCGUGAAAUUGCUGCGACCCAAGUGGGUCAUUUGAGUAAAAUUUCCCAUUAGAUCGUGUUAAGAAAGCGCCACCUCUGAUUUUUUCUCAGGUUUAGGACCGAGUUUCGGGUUUAGUUUUGUAGGCUCAAACAAAUUUCGGGCCGGCCCAAGCCCGAAACCCCUAAAUCUGAGAUCCAUUCUAUUCUUUUCUUCUUUCGUUCUCCAUCGUUCACUUGAGCUCCACGGGAACCGAAAUACGCCGGCGAACAGGGUAUCGGCCUCCACUCUCUUUGCGUUUCAGAAUUAGGGUUUUCGGAAGGUACACAUUUCACAGGCGCUACGUAACGUUGCUUUUUUUGCGGAGUGUAUUUGGACGAGGCGGAUCUCCAGCGGUCGACCUGUUAUGUCGUCGUCGGCGGCGGAGAUGGAUGCAAACAAGGUGGAGUUGAAGGUGUACAAUUCGAUGACGCAGCAGAAGGAGGUUUUCAACCCGAUCGAGCCCGGUAAAAUCGGCAUGUACGUCUGUGGUAUCACCGCCUACGAUUUCAGCCAUCUCGGCCACGCUCGUGCAGCUGUUUCCUUCGACAUCCUUUACAGAUACUUACUGCAUUUGGGCUAUGAAGUUACAUAUGUCCGGAAUUUUACAGAUGUUGAUGACAAGAUAAUCAAACGUGCUAAUGAGCGUGGGGAAAACCCGUUAGAUUUGAGCAAUAGAUAUUGUGAAGAAUAUCUUAUUGAUAUGGGUGCUCUUCAAUGCCUUCUUCCCACCCACCAGCCUUGUGUCAGCAGCCAUAUGGAACAGAUCAUAGAGAUGAUAGAAAAGAUCAUAGAGAAAGAUUGUGGGUAUGUAGUGGAUGGUGAUGUGUUCUUCUCUGUUGAUAAGUCACCAAAGUAUGGCCAAUUAUCUGGACAAAAGUUGGAGCAUACCAGAGCUGGUGAACGUGUUGCUGUUGACUCAAGGAAGCGCAACCCAGCCGACUUUGCCCUAUGGAAGGCUGCAAAACCUGGUGAGCCACACUGGGAGAGUCCUUGGGGUCUGGGAAGACCUGGGUGGCACAUAGAAUGUAGUGCAAUGAGUGCCCAUUAUCUGUCUCCAAGAUUUGACAUUCAUGGUGGUGGCAUAGAUCUGAUCUUUCCUCAUCAUGAGAAUGAGAUUGCACAAUCUUGUGCCGCUUGUGAGAACAGUGGUGUGGCUUACUGGUUGCAUAACGGGCACGUCACUAACAAUAACGAGAAGAUGUCAAAAUCAUUGGGCAAUUUUUUCACAAUUCGAGAUAUCACUGCUAGGUACCAUCCUCUGGCGCUGAGACACUUCUUGAUUAGUGUUCAGUAUCGGUCUCCUCUAAAUUAUUCUCUCUGGCAGCUGGAGAGUUCAUCGGAUGCUUUGUAUUAUAUUUACCAGACUUUACAAGAUCUUGUUGAUGCUCUGUUGCCAUAUCGAGAAGCCAUGUCUGAAGAUGGGGGAAAGGCUCGACUAACUUCAGAAGCAAAAGACAUCAUGGACAAGCUAAAAAGCGAGUUUGAAGGUAAAAUGUCAGAUGACUUGAACACGGCUCAUAUACUUACGGGUGCUUUCCAAGAUGUAUUGAAAUUCAUCAACAGUUCACUGGGCAAGCUCAAGAAAACGCAACAGAAGCAGCGCAUGUCACUGAUUCUGUCCCUCACCGAAGUUGAAAAAACAGCGAGAGAGAUUCUGGAUGUCCUCGGUCUGCUGUCUAACCUCAGCUAUGACGAGUUUCUGAAGGAGUUGAGGCAGAAGGCACUGGUAAGGGCAGGACUGGAGGAAGAAGACAUAUCACGUAUGAUCGAGGAGAGGACAAGAGCUCGGAAGAACAAGGAGUUUGAGAGAAGUGAUCAGAUUAGAGCGGAGUUAACGGUCAAGGGAAUAGCACUCAUGGAUAUAGGGAGGGAGACGGUAUGGAGACCGUGUGUCCCUUCUAAACAAGAAGACGAGAAACCGGAAAUAAAAGAGGCGCCUCCUACCGAACAAGAGAAGAAAUCGCAGCCCGAGUCGAGUUAAGCCUUCUGAUGCAAUUGUGGUGUAUGUUGUUACUCUUUUAACCCUAAGAAUUUUGUUAUGCAUCAAUACUUUAGAAUGAUUUCCUCGAACGCCCAUAACAGCUCGGAUUCUUGAUACGUUAAUGGUUCAUAAACGCCGGUGAACUCA